AUGUGCACAGUCUCGCCAUCGAACCUAAAGGUUUCUGAUAGCAAGGAAAGUUCUACCUGUAUAUCUGAGGCUGAAGCUGCCUUGUAUGACAGACAAAUACGAUUAUGGGGUUUGGAGGCACAAAACAAAUUAAAACGGGCUCGAAUCCUUCUUUACGGAAUGUCUCCCGUUGGGGCAGAGGUUGCAAAGAACUUAGUUCUUUCCGGCGUUGCUGCUCUGGAUAUUAUCGAUGAGCAGAUUGUCACACCUCUAGACACAGCUUCCAACUUUCUUAUUCCAGAGAACGCUAUAGGUGAAAGUACGGUAACGUAUCCAACACUCAGACAGAGUUUUCAUCUUGGUGGCGAUCAGCCGAUUUCUCCUAAAUCUAUUCCCAAAGGUUUUCUAAUCAUGCAAUUACUGCGACAGAUUGAUUCAUCCGAAGAUGAUCUGGUGUUGGAUACUGUCCGAGAGAAAUGGAAACAGGUAUCCGAACAAUUGGGGUUGCCCGAGAACGCCUUAAAAGAGGAAGACCUUGAGUGUUGCUGUGGCCCACUAGUACCUGCAGUGAGUGCCAUCCUCGGUGGCGUAGUUGCACAAGAAAUAAUCCGAGCGAUAACCAGCAAAGGAGCCCCGCAAGGAAAUUGGUAUUUCGUGGAUGGCAUAAAUUGUUCCGUGACUGUGGAAUGGUUACCCGAAACAGAAGCGUCAGCCUGA